GCUCACUGAAAAAUACACAGAGGCUGUUAUUAGUAAUUAUGGGGUUGUUAUUAGUAAUUAUGGGGUUGAGGGUACCGCUGGAUGCAAUGGUUGUUUGCUUUCAUCCCCUGCUGCUGCCCUCCCUUCUACAUCUCACUCCCCAGAGGCUCUUCCAUGCUCUCACAGAUUGCCAAGGACAUGGGGAGCUUGGGAGAGGAGCUGAGAGCACAAUGGCUGCUGGGACUGAGCAGGGCUGAGGUGGGUGCUGGGGAGGGCUGCUUCCUGCACCGUGUUUCUGCACCACCUGCAUGUGUGCUGAGCCCAUCACGUGUCCAGGAUGGUCCAAGGUCCGGCCGGGAAGGAGCUGUGCAGGCAAGUGCUGCAGCGACAUGGGGAACAGCCUGGCUUUCCUCCUUGGUGUCCUGCAGCUCCUUGCUGCCUCCAUGGCUGCCUACAAGAAGUGGAUUCCCGACACCAAUUUUGAAACGGCGUCCAACUGGGAUAAAGAGCGAGUCCCGUGUGCCAGAGACACGAUUCACUUUGAGAAGGACAAGGUGGUCUCAGUGUUUGUCAGGUCUACCCACGCGCUGAUGGACAUGUACCUUCCCCUGAAUGGAGAAUUUCUGCUGGCAUCUGGCUCUGGGUUCGCAGCUUUCGAUGGCAGCUGGGACCCGGGAUGUGGCUCAGGUGCAGUGCUGAGCUUUGCCAAUGCUGAGCAGCACUCGUGGUUCAACCCCCAGCUGUGGCAGGAUGUGUCCUACAGAGUAGACCUGGAACCAGCAGGCCACAUCUUCCUCCUGGACGAGGAACGUGUCCCAUGCGAGUAUGACCACGUCAUCUUCCAGCCUGAAACUUCCUUCAGUGUAAACCUUGACUCAUCGCGGCAAGAGAUCCCCGUUCAGAGCAUCUCACUCAUGGGCCAGGAGCUGAGCAGCACUGAGGCGUGGGCUGAGUACCUGAGGAGCCCCUCUGCCGCUCUGCAGUUCCACGGCAAUGCCACCCUGCAGGUGACGGGCACCCACUGUCCCCACAGCUCCGGCUGUGCCUGCGGGAACUCCCAGGAUGGAGACCGCAUCUGUGCAUCACUGCUCAGGGUGGAGCAGUGCCCGGCACUGGCAUGCCACAGCCCUCUGCGGCCCCUCGGCCACUGCUGUGGGAUCUGUGGAGCUGUUGUCACGCUGGAUUUUAAGCCCGAAUUUGACCUGCAGCAAUACCGGGACAGAGUGGUGCAAGCUUGGCUCAGCCUGCCCAAGUAUGCCGGUGUUCAGAUGGCCAUCUCCAAGGUGCACAGGGCUCAGACCUUCCUGGGACUCCUCCCGCGGGGCUCCAUACCUGUCAUCCAGAUUGUGCUGGUCGAUGGCGAGGCCGGGGUGCAGACAGGCACUGCUGCGGAGCAGCUGGCUGCAGACAUCAUGGGUGACAUCGCACAGCAUGGUGAAGCUUUGGGCAUUUCAGCUGGCAGAGUGGAGGUGGCCACUGGCAGCACUCUCGGCGGGCAGGUGGCAAUCCAUGUCUCCAGGCAGAUCGCAUCGGGGACUGUCCUGGGGCUGCUCUUCGCUCUGUUGGUGCUUGGAGGGCUCCUCUACCUCCGCAGGAAGGGAAAGCUGAGGCUGCAGGCACUGCAUCUCCCCCGACUCUGGGACACAGCAAAGGACCUGAAGAGCCCCCAGCCAGAAAGUGGGAAAGGCUUUGACAACCCCAUGUUCGACGUGGAACUGCCAGGCGCUGGCAGUGUGGAGAAGACGCUGCAGAAGAUGGCUCCCGAGGCCCGCCAGGUGUUCUAUCUCAACCCCAUGUAUGACCCCAGCGAGACUGAGACUUGAUGGCACAGCCACAGCCAUCCCAGGGACACCGUUAUGUGGCUCCUGGUGAGGUCCAGGCCUGAAUAAAAGUGUUGGUGAAGGAAAUCAUAAACCUUCUUCCACAGGGCUCAGCCACAGCCUCCUGGUGCCCCUUCUGUUUCCGUAAUGUGAGUUUUGGUGGUGCUGCUCUCUGUAAAGCAGCAGUGAGGUGUGGGUCUGACCCUGGCACUGUGGCAGUGGCCAAGGGAUGGAGGGGACAGGCACUCUGCUAGCAUGGGUUGGGGCAGUAGUGGCACAGGGUGGACCUGAUGAUGUUUUUGGUGCCACGCGCCAGCUCAGGCACCAGCUCUUUACACAUCGAGUCUAAUGGGUGAGCCUGAAGGUACUGAAAUAUAUGCAAAUGUAUGCAGAUUUACACUCUGCUGAGUU